AUGGUCCCCCCAUCAGAGGCGCGGUCUCGGACCCGGGUCCCCCACAUCUAUUCCGCUGCUCUGCGUUGCUUCGUCACAGGGGAUGUUGGGAGCUCCGGGUCCAAGGGCCUCCCGGACCCACUCAGGAGCCGCUCCCAGCCAGAGGUGCAUCCCCAGACCCGGCCCCCCCGCCCCGCCGACCCCGCUCUGCACCGCUUCGUCGCGGGGGGGUGGCGGGAGUCCCGGAUCCGGCGGCCUGCAGCACUCAGCGGUCCCCACCAGUCCCGGGGUCGUCCAAAGCAGGUUCGUGGUUGUGUCAGGGAGAGUAGUUCUUUAUAGGUUGCAUUCCCCACGUGUGGAAGUUACUUAGAGUAGUACGUCCGAUUUUGCCGGUAGACCAGGGAUCGUCCUGGAUUAAUGUUUCUUGUGGUUCAGUGUCCAUUCGGUUCUAAGUUUCCCAUCUGUCUUCGGUGUGGUUUGGGGGUCAGGUGUUACUGGUAUG